AUGCUAUCGCCAUGCAUGGACAAAUCAGAAUGCACGAAGGAGUUUCCAAAGGAAUUUCAAGAGGUUACAGUGGCUAAUUUAAACGGCUAUCCAAGGUAUCGACGACGGGACAAUGGAAUAUCCACUACAGUGGGAAGGCACGAAGUAAAUAAUCUUUGGGUUGUCCCCUACAAUCCAUACCUUCUAUUAAAAUACAAUUGUCAUAUAAAUGUUGAAGUUUGCGCAAGCAUCAAAAGCGUCAAAUACCUCUAUAAAUACGUCUACAAGGGAUACGAUUGUGCCAGAAUUGUUGUAAAGGAAGGAAAUGUUCAGCAUAACGAAGUCGAAUCAUUCUUGGAAUCUCGAUGGGUGGGUGCAGCUGAAGGGGCAUGGCGUAUUUUUGGGUUCAAUAUGCACAAACAGUCUUAUACCAUUGUUCGACUGCAAGUGCAUUUGGAGGACUUUCAGAGUAUCGUUUUCGACCCUGAGAAACUAGCCGAUGAAAUCCUCGAAGUAGGUGCUAGACGAACUACUUUGUCAGCUUGGUUCGAUCUUAAUACAAUAGAUGAAAGCGCCAGGGAGCUACUUUAUACCGAGAUCCCAGAACAUUACCGAUUUGUUAAGGGGAAGUGGAUAAAGCGCAUACAAGCAGGAAACAAUGUUAUUGGCAGAAUGUAUGCCGUAAACACGAAAGAUUCUGAAAGGUACUACCUGAGAUUAUUACUGCUUCAUGUUCGCGGUGCAACAUCAUACGAUGAUAUUAGAACCGUUGACGGAAUACUAUGCCAAAAUUUUCAAGAUACGGCAAAGAAAUAUGGUUUGCUAAACGACGACUCAGUUUGGUUGCUGACUCUAGAAGAAGCUGCAGUUGCAAGUAUGCCAAAACAAAUGAGAGAACUGUUUGCCUUAAUCUGUGUGUUUGGUCUCCCUAAUGACGUCAACACCCUCUGGAUGAACUUCAAGCAAUCGCUGUGUGAAGACUUUGCCCAUCGAAAUAACCAUGAAAAUUUAGCCUUGACCGAAGUCGAAAGCGUAUUACGGCUUCACGGAAAGCGAUGCAUUGAAAUCGGCCUACCAGCACCAAUUUGGGUCCCAGUGGAUUUUAUAUACGACUUUGAUGUUUCUGCUGAGGCAUCCCGUGGAAUGGAACUGGUGUGCUCUUUGAACGAGAAGCAGCACGAAUCAUUUUCUGUCAUCUGGGACGCUAUUUCGGACGCCGCCCUAACAUCAAAAUGCUUCUUUCUUGAUGGUCCGGGUGGAACAGGAAAAACUUUCGUUUAUGAGACUUUGAUUGCGUCCCUUCGUGGGGAAGGAAAAUUGGUGCUCCCCGUUGCUUCAACUGGAAUAGCUGCGAAUCUCCUUCCAAAUGGUAGAACAUAUCACUCCCAAUAUAAAUUGCCAGUUCCUUUAGUGGAAACAUCUGUAUCCGAUAUUCGUCUAACUUCUCAAGAUGCUCAGAACUUGCGAGAGGCGAGUUUACUAAUUUGGGAUGAAUCAACAAUGGCCCCAUCGCAUGCCUUGAAUGCUGUCGAUCGCCUUCUAAGGGAACUUAUGAACAAUGAAAUACCAUUCGGUGGUAAAGUCCUGCUACUCGGAGGGGACUUUCGCCAAUGUUUGCCCGUUGUCGUGCACGGAACUAAAGCUGGAAUAAUCGAAGUAUGUCUAAAGUCUUCACGACAAUGGAAGGAGUUUAGGUUUUUGAAUCUUACCGAAAAUGUUAGAUCAGUUGAUCCUGAAUACAGCAAGUGGAUAUUGUCAAUCGGCGACGGAACAUUGACAAAUGCCGACAAUCUUCCGGACGACAUAGUUGAAAUUCGACAGGACUUGAUUUCCUCUGGCAAUAUUGUUGAAGAAAUUUAUGGAAAAUCACUCUCAGCUACAACAAUUCAUCAAUUCACUAAUAGAACUAUUUUGUCACCAAAGAAUGAACAUGUCGAUGGGAUUAACGCGAAAGUCCUGGAUAUCUUGCAAGGGGAUAUAGUGACAUGUGAGUAG